AUGCCAGAGUUCAUCCAGGAAGAGCAGGCCCUUGCCGGCGUGGCCCAUGCCACAGAGCCUGCCAUCAGACGUGCUGAAAAGGAGGUCGAAAACAGCACCCUCGCAAUGCUGCAGGCCUUGCGAACCGCGAAAAGUGUGCCUGGCAAGGAGCUUUUGAGACUGAUUGAGGAGCACUCCCUCUCUUGUGAGGAAUAUGCCGAAAUACUCCCUCAAGCCUGGAGCAGGGUCAACAAGCUCACGGAAGCUCUGCGCACAGAUCUGCGAGGGUCAGGCUUCAAGGAAUUGCCUGCAGAUGCUGCGACGCAGUCUGGCGUCUUCAGUGAAUUCCUAUCUUCACUGGGUGUGGCGACAGACUUGCCGCAGAAUGUGCCGACGCAGGUAGUGGCUCUGCCUUCCGUCACUCCACUAGAACCUGCUGACCAAGCUAUCGAACUUGGAGUCCUGUUGGACCAUCUGGAGCAAGGACCGGCCAAAGCGCUGCAGGCUGGCCGCAGGCUACAGAGUGAGCUCAAGGAGAUGGUCAGACUGUUGCAGAGGUUGCGGGCUUCCUGGCCAGAACUUCGAGCUUCUGUGGAAGGAGCAUUCGAAUCUGGGACACACAUCAGGACAAAAGACCUAACACAGGCCUUGAAACAGGUCUUGCAGUUCCGAAGACAGCUCAGUGCUGCUGUCCCGAGCAUCGAAGCGCUGUGCGAUUCUCUGGAAGAUGCCACGGAGCAGGUGCGCCAGCGGGAAGAGGAGCGCUUGCGCUUCAAAGCCAUGACGCGGGAAGUUCUCGAUGGUCAGAACAAGGCUCUUGCAGCACGAGUGUCUGCGGUCCUGUGGCUACGUCGCUGUGGUAGAUCAGGUGCAGCGAAGCCAGACCAGUCAAGGUUCGACGUCGAGCAAGCCUCGGAGGCACUCGAACGCAACUUGGAGGCUGCCAAAGACAUGGAGAGUCGGCUCGUGAAAGGGGCUGGAACUGUCAUGAAGAGGGAAGCUUGCCACCAAGUCGUGCAGCGAACUGUUGCCAGGCUGUCCGUUUUGCGCGGCAAAGUCCUGGCUGCCGCGGAGACGGUCAAGACAGCCAGGGCAGACUUAGCCGGAGCACGGCGAAGCAGUCAGCUAGCCUUGACGGAAGCACGGUCACCCAGCAUUCAGAUCGGAAGCAAAAGUUGCAAGACCCAAUCGGCUGUAGAGAAAUUCGUGGCAAGGCAGCGGCAAAUGCUCUGGAGCAGCUCAUGCUAG